UGCACACACACACACACACACACACACACAUACACACACCCUGGCUGUCUCGUCUGAACUUGAAGACACCCCACAUUCCAAGAUGCCCGAGGUGCCCGGGAAUACCCGGGGUUCUUCAAUCUGGAAAAUCCUACCGGCGGCUUCCUAGGGUGGGAGCAUCGUGUUUUUGAUUUUUUAAUCUGGAAGAGAAGAGAACAAGUUGUGCUUUUUCCUCCCUUCUUCUUGCUAAAUGCCAUGGAUAUAACUGAAUAAGCCGCUCAGGGCUCUCUCCGCGUGGACGUCCGAGGCCACCAUCUGCCUUAUUCGCAGGAGCCGAGGGCUUAGCUCGCGCCUGUCUCGGGCGGGGAAGGAUGCGUGGCCCAGCCAGGGAGCCCGGGCGCCCCGCGGAGCCGGCCUCGGUGCCUCCCAGCCAGGGGUAGAUGCUGCCUCGCCCAGGCACCGAGGCCUGAGUGACCAGACCAUGGAGACCCUGCUUGGUGGCCUGCUGGCAUUUGGCAUGGCGUUUGCCGUGGUCGAUGCCUGCCCCAAGUACUGUGUCUGCCAAAACCUGUCUGAGUCUCUGGGGACCCUAUGCCCCUCCAAGGGGCUGCUCUUCGUGCCGCCUGACAUCGACCGGCGGACAGUGGAGCUGCGUCUGGGCGGCAACUUCAUCAUCCACAUUGGCCGCCAGGACUUUGCCAACAUGACGGGGCUGGUGGACCUGACCUUGUCCAGAAACACCAUCAGCCACAUCCAGCCCUUCUCCUUCCUGGAUCUGGAGAGCCUCCGCUCCCUGCAUCUCGACAGCAACCGGCUGCCCAGCCUUGGGGAGGACACGCUACGUGGCCUGGUCAACCUGCAGCACCUCAUUGUCAACAACAACCAGCUGGGAGGCAUCGCGGACGAGGCCUUCGAGGACUUCCUCCUGACGCUGGAGGACCUGGAUCUCUCUUACAACAACCUCCACGGCCUGCCCUGGGGCUCCGUGCGGCGCAUGGUCAACCUGCACCAGCUGAGCCUGGACCACAACCUGCUGGACCACAUCGCGGAGGGCACCUUUGCUGACCUGCAGAAACUGGCCCGCCUGGACCUCACCUCCAACCGGCUGCAGAAGCUGCCCCCAGACCCCAUCUUUGCCCGCUCCCAGGCCUCCGCUCUGACUGCCACGCCCUUUGCUCCACCUUUGUCCUUUAGUUUUGGGGGGAACCCGCUGCACUGCAAUUGUGAGCUUCUCUGGCUGCGGAGGCUUGAACGGGAUGAUGACCAGGAGACGUGUGGCUCCCCAGGGGGCCUCAAGGGCCGCUACUUCUGGCACGUGCGCGAGGAGGAGUUUGUGUGCGAGCCGCCUCUCAUCACCCAGCACACGCACAAGCUGCUGGUUCUGGAGGGCCAGGCGGCCAUGCUCAAGUGCAAGGCCAUCGGGGACCCCAGCCCCCUCAUCCACUGGGUGGCCCCGGAUGACCGCCUGGUGGGGAACUCCUCAAGGACUGCCGUGUACGACAAUGGCACCCUGGACAUCCUCAUCACCACGUCUCAGGACAGCGGUGCCUUCACCUGCAUCGCCGCCAAUGCCGCCGGCGAGGCCACAGCCACGGUGGAGGUCUCCAUCGUCCAGCUGCCACACCUCAGCAAUAGCACCAGCCGCGCCGCACCCCCCAAGUCACGCCUCUCAGACAUCACUGGCUCCAGCAAGACCAGCCGGGGAGGGGGGGGCAGCGGAGGUGGGGAGCCUCCCAAAAGCCCCCCAGAACGGGCUGUGCUUGUGUCCGAUGUGACCACCACCUCAGCCCUGGUCAAGUGGUCGGUCAGCAAGUCAGCGCCCCGGGUGAAGAUGUACCAGCUGCAGUACAACUGCUCCGACGAUGAGGUACUGAUUUACAGGAUGAUCCCCGCUUCCAACAAGGCCUUUGUGGUCAACAACCUGGUGUCGGGGACGGGCUACGACCUGUGCGUGCUGGCCAUGUGGGACGACACCGCCACGACGCUCACGGCCACCAACAUCGUGGGCUGCGCCCAGUUCUUCACCAAGGCCGACUCCCCACACUGCCAGUCGAUGCACAGCCAGAUCCUGGGUGGCACCAUGAUCCUGGUCAUCGGCGGCAUCAUUGUGGCCACACUGCUGGUCUUCAUCGUGAUCCUCAUGGUGCGCUACAAGGUCUGCAACCACGAGGGCCCCGGCAAGAUGGGCGCCGCCACGGUCAGCAACGUGCACUCGCAGACCAACGGGGCCCCGCUGCCCACUUUGGGCGGUGGGCCCAGCGCGGCCCCUGCACCAGCGCCACCCAAGGUCGUGGUGCGCAACGAGCUGGUUGAGUUCAGUGCCAGCCUGGCCCGAGGCAGUGACUCCUCUUCCUCCAGCUCCCUGGGCAGUGGGGAGGCCUCAGCACUGGGACGCGGCCCCUGGAGGCUCCCGCCCCCUGCCCCGCGCCCCAAGCCCAACAUUGACCGCCUGAUGGGGGCCUUUGCCUCCCUGGACCUCAAGAGUCAAAGAAAGGAGGAGCUGCUGGACUCCAGGACUCCAGGCGGGAGAGGGUCUGGGACACCGGCCAGGGACCACCACUCGGACCGAGAGCCAUUGCUGGGACCGCCUGCAGCCCGGGCCAGGAGCUUGCUCCCUUUGCCCCUGGAAGGCAAGGCCAAACGCAGCCAUUCCUUCGACAUGGGGGACUUUGCCGCUGCAGCUACGGCAGCUAGCGGGGUCGCCCCAGGCGGCUACAGCCCCCCUCGGAGGGUCUCGAACAUCUGGACAAAGCGUAGCCUUUCUGUCAAUGGCAUGCUCUUGCCCUUUGAGGAGAGUGACCUCAUGGGGGCUCGGGGGACUUUUGGCAGCUCCGAGUGGGUGAUGGAGAGCACAGUGUAGGUUUGGGGGGGUGGGUGUCCUCCUCCCUCCUACCCUUGCAAGGUGCACAAAGGGGAAAGAGUCUUUACUGGCAAGUCUUUGUGGGGUUUCCAUGGUGAUGUUUACAUCCAGGGACAGUUCUGUCUCCCUGUCAAUGGCCUCCCCCCACCCACCCACCCACCCACACCACCUUCCCAGGCCUGGCCCCACCACCCAGCCAGGGUGUGCUCAGGGAAAGCGGACUCAAUCGAUAGCUAAGUGUCGGACUGAGCCCUGAGUGUUUGGAAAGGCAGGACGACCGCCUUUCUAAUCACAAAUGCAGCAUAUAAGCAAGCAGCUGUGGAUUGCUUA